AUGGAUUUAGGAAGACCUCUAAAACUAGUCGACAUCGCAGGCCCUGGAGAAAUGGAAAUUACUACAGAAGGCAUCUCAUUCUUGCAAACUCUUACAAAAGAAAUUGGAGUCAUCUGCAUAGUUGGACAACCCAGCACAGGGAAAUCCACAUUAGGAAAUAAAAUAAUCGGCAGAAAUGAUGGUUUUGAGACUUUUCAUGAUCAAUCAUCUCACACUCAAGGAAUUUGGCUAUGAUCAGAACCGCUAAAAGCUGCCUAUAAAGAUGAAUCAGGGCUUGAUAAGGAAAUUGACCUUAUAAUUAUGGAUUGCCAAGCUUUUACAGGCAAAUUGAAUGAUAAUUUUUGUUUGGAUUUAGAAAUUCUGGCCCUAGCAAGCUUGCUAAGCUCUCAGUUGGUGCUUUGUGCAGGGAAGUUAAUUAAUGAGCAGCUGUGAAAGGAAUUGGGAUUUUUAUCAGAGCUUUCAAAUGUGAUUCAGAUAAAGUAAUAAUAAUAAAAUGGCUACGCUCGGAAAUGGUUUUCUUCCAAAAACCUUUCCUCCUUGUGAAUUUUAUUAUUUUUGGGUUCGGUUUAUCUGGUGCACCUUAUCCACAAUUCCAAAUAUGGGUUAUGGGUAUUGGGUAAGAUAUUCUGGCACACGGAUUAUAGGACGUAUAGGAGUUUACUGUUUGACACUCACGAGGAGGGUAACCCUUAGGCAUAAUACACGCAGAAGUCAAGUUAUAGGCGAGGCAACGCUUCCUUUGUUUGGCUUCUGCCUCUCAGGCGGAUUGCUGCUUAGGAAUAUCAUCAACAUUUUAGCAGCAUCGGCAUCCUUUUGGCGCUGGGAUUGCCAGAACUUAAAAGGAUAGGCUCAUGCAUGCCUAAAUCAUCCUGCUAGCUUCCCCAAUUCGUGAGCGAGCAAAACCAUUGGAAAAUCCCUAAAACCCAUCUGAACAAACAACUUUUAUGAAAAAAAAAAUGGUAUAUAAGCGAUAAUUAUUAUAAUGAAAUUUCUAGUUAAUUCUGUUUAAUUUUAAACAGUUUGCAUUUUAAAACAUAAAUUUUGCAAAUUAAAUUAAUUUUUAUGAAUUCGAAUUUUUAUAUUUUGAAAAAAUAUUUACUAUAAAAAUUAUAUAUAAAUUUUUAAAACAAAAAUAUUUUAAACCCCUCUCCAUGACCGAACAAAAUUUUUUCACUCACGGAGGGUGGGAAUAAGAAGCUAGCACUUUAAAAUUAAUAUAAUUUGCAAAAUUUAUGCUUUAAAAUGCAAGCUUUCAAAUUAAACAGAAUUAGCUAGAGAUUUCAUUAUAAUAAUAUCACUUAUAUAUUAAAUCUUUUUUAUAGAAAAUUAUAUUGUCAGAUGGUUUUUGGGCAAAACAUGGGGAUUUUUCCAAUGGUUUUGUUCGCUCACGAAGGGAGAGAAAGUAAUUAAUGUAAUGAAUGAUCAGAUAAAGUAAAAGAUAUUUAGAAAGCAUGAAGAUUCGAAGCUGGUGCUGAGUCAUUAUCUACCUGAUUUAACUUGGGUCAUUUCAGGACAAGAAAUCACAGAGUCAACAAGGUAGGGAAUAUAUAGUAAUUAUUUAGAAAAAGCAUUGGAGAAAUCAGCUGAAGAUCCAGUUGGGAUUAAAGCAAUUAAGUCGAAUAUCAAACGAUUUUUCACCAAGAGAGCUUGCUUUAAUUUUCCCUCACUCCAAUUUGAAAGUAAUCCAAACUUCAAAGAGUCUCUUAACUCUCUAAUUGACUACAUUAAGCAGAGCACUAGAACUAAAAAAAUCAAUGGCAAAAGUAUCGAUGGUGCCAUUCUCAGCAACAUGGCUCAAGCAUAUGUCCACAGAUUUCAUAAGCAAGCUCCAGCUGUCAUCUACAGUGCAUUUGAAAGAUCGGUAGCAGCUGAAGCCCGACGUAAUAAAGAAAAACUCUUCAUAAGAUAUCUUGACAAGAUCGGCCUCAUAGAAAGCGAUCUACCCUGCGAAGAAGACAAUCUCUGAAAAGAGCAUCAAAAUACCUCAAAAGAGUUACUGAAAGAGUUUGAUAAAACCAUGAUGAGUGUUUUCGUUCAAGAAGAAGUUCAAGAAGAAAGAAUCAGUCUAAUUGAAAGAAUUGAUACUUAUUAUGAAGAACUUAAGUCAACCUUAACUCAACUUAAUUAAGAUUAUAAGAGAAGUUGCUUCUGGCCUAUCUGACAGGUCGUCUUCACCUCUUUAUUGCUUUACCGCUUGCUUGUGAGUUCGAGCACAGCCUCUAUUGUGUUGCUCCUCACGGACGAGGGCUUGUACUUGCUCUUCGUAGCUCAGGGCAGCUGGAUCACCAUGCCAUAUGUGGACAGAUUUGGCUUUCAAAUCCGAAAAAAAAAAAACGAAUUUUUAAUCUGAUGGCCAAGACGAAAAUCGUAGCCAAGGAUGCAACGCCUGUUUUCUUACCCAGAACGUUCUGAUUGACUAGAAGUAACCUCACUAGUGUUCUGGGAGAUCAAGUUUCAAUUCUGAGCUCCAUCUUCCUCCGAGGUAAAACUUUGACCUGAGUCGAUCUAAUCCGACAUUAAGCUCCAUCAAGCCAAGUAAAAUCUGGCCAAUACACAUUGUAGAACGCCAUCCUUUCCUUCACAAGGUCCCAGAUUUGACCACAGAUACAGGUUUUAAAGAGGUGGGCUUGCUCUCCGCUCAUUUUAUGUAUAUAAAAUUAAGUCAACCAAUUGUAAAGUAAGUGAGGCAAAAUGCAGGGAUGCAUUUAAAUCAAUUUUUGAUCCUAUAAGAGCUGAAGGGAUCAAAUUUAAUGAAGAAGACAACACUCCUAAUAUAGGACUUGUUGAGCAGAAAUUCCUAGCUGGGAUUAAUGAGUAUCAAGCACAAGCAGCAGGGCCGAUGAUUGAGUCUGUUUUCGCUGAAGAAAUAUCAUUUAUUAUUCCUCAUAUGUCAAGCUUGCUAAGACAACUGCAAAGCCAUUUUGACACUGAUAAAGAACAAUUGGAAAGCGAAGUAAAAAGUCUAACUCCCCCUUUAAAUUGGAACAAAAUAUCGGUAAAAUUCGCAAUUUCUAUAAUUUAACGCCCUUUAAAUUGGAAUGCAAUUUGUUUCUUAAUAGGAAAAUUUAUAGAUGAAAAUAUUAUUUUAUAAAUUCGUUUUUGACCAGAUUUAAUGGAAAAAGUGCAAAUAGAGUGCUGUUUAAACAGUUUUCACAAAAUAAAUUAAAAUUCAAAGCAUUGUAAAUAUAAUUUUUUUUAAGAACAAAAAUUAGCCACUUUAAAUUGUAGCAGAAUUUUUGUUCCAAUUUAAAGAGGAGUAAGUAGACACAGAGAUGAAGCUAGAGCUGGCGAAAAAAGACUCAGGGAACUAUUAGAAGAAACUAAUAGAAAUUAUGAAAAACAAAUAGACCAAAGAGAAAAGCAAAUCGCUGAGCUUCAAGCCAGUGUAAAUGCCAGAGUCCAUUCAGCAGAAAAUAAAUCAAGAUUGCAGGCUAGAGAAAUCCAAGGACUUAAGCUUGAAUUAGAGCAAUCUCAAAAAGAAAGAGAAAUGAUGAUAGAAGCUGAAAGAGAUAGAUACGAGAAAAGAAUAGGAGAUUUAGAAAGCAAGCUUUAUAAGCUGCAGUUGGAAAAUACGAAAUACGAAAAAACGCUUGAUCAGCUUAGAGAAGAGCAUGAAAAAACAAUUUCUGAUAAAAAUGAACAAAUUAAUGACUUGUCAAGAAGGGUCAAGCUUAUGGAAAGCCAAUCAGAGUCUCCAAGUCCAAGACAAGAUAUGUCACUUUUAAGGACUUUCAGAGAAUAUCUUGAAGAUAUUUUUAAUAAAUUUUCUAAAGAGCAAAGUGCCAAUGCAAAAUACCUGGGACAGUUAGAACGAGUUUCCUCUCUCCAAAAUGAAAUGAACCAAGUCAGACUUCGCGAACAAGAGAAUAAAAACAAACUUAUAGAUGACUAUGAAGAAAAACUGAGACAGCUUAGGCUGGAAAAAGACAGCUUAGGAAAAGAAAUCAUCAGCUUAAAUGAGAAAAUGAAAACCCAAAGCCAAAAUACCAAAGACAGCACUCCUGUAGAGCUGGAAAAAUUAAAAAAACUCUAUGAUGAAAAAGAAGUACUAAUAAAAAGAGUGGUCGAAGAAAAAAAUGAAAUAGCUUUGGAACUAUUGAAAAGAGAAGAGCAGCUAAAUGAGCUGUAUGAGUCCGUUGAAGCUUAUAAAAAGCAGAUUGAACAGUUCCAAAUUGAGCUUGAUGACAGAGAUAAUUUACUGAAUAGGCUGAAAAUUGAGAAUGUGGAAGAAAAGGACGAUAAUGAUAUACUGAUAAGCGUGAUAGGAAGCAUUUUGGAAGUCCAACAGAGGAGAAAAAGCUCUCAAUUGAUACAUUUGGGAAGGAUUCAGAAUCAUGAUAAUAGGGGGAAAGUAAUGAAGCUGCUAAAAAAGUACAGCAUUCCUUUUGAAUAA